GCUUCUACAGUGCAUAGUUGAGCAACAUGAAUUCUCUUCAAGUUUUCAAAGUCCUGGAAAGUUUUGAUAAGCAAAUACGGUCCAGGCUCUGCUUCUCCAUUGGUUGUUUCUUCACCGCCAGAUUUUGACACAAAUAAUCUGAUUGAAAAAUCAGGGAGGGGAACAGGGGCAAAAAACCAGAAAGAAAAAAGGAGAAGUGCCUUUUUCAGAAGACAGCUACCAAGUGAAAAAGUGGAAGAAAGAGACACAGAAAGAGAAAGAGAAGAUCUCUUGCUCUAGGUUUGUCUGGGGAGUCUUGAAUCCUGCAAACUACAAUCCCCCAAACAGCCCAGGAAGUGCAUGGAAAAUGCCACGUUCCUUUUUGGUGAAGAGUAAGAAGGCCCAUACCUACCACCAGCACCACUCUGAGGAUGAGGACCUGACUGUACCCACAUGGGAUCCAAUACCAUCCCUCUGCCUUGCCCCAUGUGACAAGUCACCAGAGGAAGUCAGGACCUUCAGCACAGAGUUCAAAAGCGAGUACCCAGAAUGCCUUGUUCCGAAACAAGAGAAGGACUGUGCUGGACUGAAGGAAGAAGGUGCACCUGCCCCGUAUCUGAACAGGACAUUGUCGAGUGCUCCAGCUCAAGAGACAUCCCUGCCGGCUCUGCGAGUUAAAGACUGCAGCAGUUCCACCAGCACCCCCGCCUUCUACAAGCCCAGCUUCUCUUGGGACGUCUUCCACUCUCCAUACAGCUACAGGCAGAUGACUUCCAGCAUGCAGUCAGCCCUUCUGGAGCGCUCAGUUAGUCUGUAUGGCAGCCACCUCCUGCCAAGUUCUGAGCCGCCUCUCGAUUACAGCAUGCGUUACUCGCCAGACAUGGAGACCUACCACUGUGUGAAGUGCAACAAGGUCUUCUCCACACCCCACGGGCUGGAAGUCCAUGUCCGAAGAUCUCACAGUGGGACACGGCCCUUUGCUUGUGAUGUGUGUGGCAAAACAUUUGGACAUGCUGUGAGCCUGGAGCAGCACACCAACGUCCACUCCCAGGAGAGAAGCUUUGAGUGUAAGAUGUGUGGAAAGACUUUUAAACGCUCAUCCACCCUGUCCACCCACCUCCUGAUCCACUCCGACACAAGGCCCUAUCCCUGCCAGUACUGCGGCAAGCGCUUCCACCAGAAAUCGGACAUGAAGAAACAUACCUACAUUCAUACUGGGGAGAAGCCCCACAAGUGCCAAGUGUGCGGCAAAGCCUUCAGCCAGAGCUCCAACCUCAUCACCCACAGCCGCAAGCACACCGGCUUCAAGCCCUUCAGCUGUGAGCUCUGUGCCAAGGGCUUCCAGCGCAAGGUGGACCUGCGGCGGCACAGGGAGAGCCAGCACAGCUUGAAGUGAGAGCACUCCCCCGCGCUGUCCUGGAGCCCUCAGCCCCAGCCCCAUGGCAUCCCACCAGUCUUCUGGCCUCUGCCUGGCUUGGGGCACCCCCGUGUUCCAUGCUUCUCUCUGCCUCGAUGCUCUGCGGGACUGGCCCAGCAAUGUCAUUCUCCCUGGUGUUACCCCCAUCACCCUGUGCGUGACAAGAAAGGCACUGCCGGGAGCACUCACUGCCCAGUUUUAUCGGCUCUGGCCUCAGCCACUCCACUGUAAAUCCAGACUCCCCUGGAGGCACCAGUCCUCUGGAUUGACACUGAGUGACAGAUCCGACUCCUUUCACUCACGGGCAACCCGGAGGGACUUCUGGGUUGAUGUUACUAAGGAGCCAGCAAUCUGUGCCAGGCAAGCUCCAUAAUCCCAUUCUACUUCCAUGCUUAGGACAAUAAGGCCUGGGCAUGCAAAUAAUUUGUAUUCAGUGAGCUGUGCUCAGCUAAAACAGGGCUUCCUCUGAGGGCAUAAAUUUGGGGCACAUCCACCUAGACUUUCAUUCUCACCAGAGGAGUCCCUUUGUUAUCGGGGAAAAUAUGUGGCCAUGUAUGUGUAUUUUACAAUAGAGUUGGAGGGGAGGAUACUGACCAAUCAGACCCUACACACCAAGAUUAGUACCACCGGGCUAACUACAUGGACUUCUGAGUUACUUGCUAUUCAGGACAGUGGGGAAUUUUGUUUCCCUGUCACUCUUACAGAAGGAGAAGCUGAUCUAUCCAUCGUGCAUCCCAUACAUUGCUAUGUAAGUACCCUGCAAGUAUUAGAAAAGCAAAGUGGCAGUAUUUCCUUCUCUCGCUGGUCUAGCAGUUAAAGCUGAGGGUUGAGAACAAGACUCGGAGGUGGUUUCCUUGGCUCUGCUACAUCCUCGCUAUGUGACUGUAGGCAGGGCACUGCCCUCCUCUCUGACUCAGUUUCCCCACCUGGAAAAUGGAGAUGACACUUCACCUCACAGGGGUGUUAUAAAGAUUAAUGUAUCUGGGUUUGUCAAGUGCUUGGAGAUCCUCAGCUGGAAGACACUAGAGAAGAGCAAAGUGCUACGUUAGAGAAAGAAGUGCCUUUAAAUAAGAAGGGCAAGGCAGCCCUACCCAAGUCACAGCCACACGACAGCCUGGAACACAGUGACAUCAGUGUGUUUGGUUUGAGGCUGGGAUGCAGCAUCGGUUCCUUUGUCCCUCUCUUUAUCUUAGCAUGGAUGAAUGGAUAAAACGUCCCACAGGGACACUCCUACAGAUAGGAAAAGACAUGAUACGAGUGGAGAAUUCACUGCCAGGAGGAAUUCCUGCUCUCAGUUACCCCCGUGUAAAUCCAAAGUAACCCCACUGGCUCUAGCCCAGGAUGUGAAGCAUAAACCACUCUGCUUUUGUGCUGUGGCGAGGCCACUUUCCACUAAUACACAAUCUGGUGACUCAGAACACUCUCUCCUCCUUUGCUUGUACAUUUACAUAUGUAUUUAUACUUAUUGUAACAUAGUUUUACUGUAAUAAACCAGACUGUAACAA